UAAUACGGCUCGCGCUCGGGAACAACAAGUUUGAUUAGUGUAUUGUACUACGCUAGAGGGACAUUUAUAGCGGUCAAUUUGCAUUAGCUUGAGCUUGAUCGAGGAAGAUUGUAAAAUGACUACUCAGCCCACCAAAAAGCUUAUAAACGAUGUUGAUCGAUGUGUCGACGAAGCGAUAGAGGGCCUUGUUGCUAUUACACCAGGGAUCACCAAGUUAGCCGGUCAUAGAAUAGUCGUACGAGAUGAUUUGGAUGACGUGAAGAAGAGCGGGAAAGUGACGUUACUUUCUGGUGGAGGUUCUGGCCAUGAACCAUCUCAUGCAGGUUAUGUUGGACUUGGUAUGCUGAGUGGUGCUAUAGCGGGAUCUGUUUUUGCCUCACCCCCUACCAGCUCUAUAUUAGCAGCUAUACGGGCUGUUGGUAGAGAUAACCCAGCUGGAACAUUGCUGAUCGUAAAGAAUUAUACCGGAGAUUGUAUCAACUUCGGGAUCGCUAUGGAGAGGGCCAGAGCAGAGGGCAUCCUAGUGGAGAUGGUGGUGGUCAAGGACGACUGUGCGCUCGCCGGUCAAGAUUUAGAUGACCGCAGAGGCCUUGCAGGAACAGUCUUUAUUCACAAGUUGGCAGGAUGCAUGGCUGAAAGCGGUUUAUCAUUGCAUCAAAUUAAACAAGCUGUCGUAUUGGCCUGCUCUUCAAUGGGGACUGUUGGGGUGUGUCUGUACCCAUGUAGUGUUCCUGGAGCUGGCCCAUCAUUUAGUCUAGGUCCACAGGAAAUAGGACUUGGGCUUGGUAUACAUGGAGAAGCAGGAAUCAAGCAAUUACAGUUAUCAAGUGCUACUGAUGUUGUAGCUACUAUGUUGGACCAGAUGAGAGACUCCACAAAUAACUGUAGACUGGACUUGAAAUCUGGUGAUGAGGUUGCCCUUAUGAUCAACAACCUAGGCGGUACAUCCAAUCUGGAGAUGGCCAUUGUAGCUCGCUCUGUGUUACAGUACCUCAGUGAUGCAGAAGUCAAGGUAGAGAUGGUUUACUGUGGUUGCUUUAUGACAUCACUAGAGAUGGUCGGCAUCUCUCUUACUAUCCUCAUCCUGGACCAGAGUGGACAGCGAGCCUCGUAUCUUGAUCAGGCAACCUCCGCUCCAGCGUGGCCAUCUGUAUCUCAUCGCCAUGGUAACAUAUCACUUGGUAAAGAACUCCCAGUUUUAGAGCAAGCUUCUUUAGGAUCCACCCAUGUGACAAGAAAAGGAGAGAAAAUGAGUAAUGAGUCCUGUAAGAGAAUUAAGACUGUUUUGAGCAGUGUAUGCUAUCGAUUGAUGGAGAGUGAGAAGCUUUUAAACGAUCUUGACACCAUCAGCGGGGACGGAGACUGUGGAUCCACCCUUAGAAGGGGUGCAGAAGCAAUGAAGACCUGGAUUGAAAGUGAAGAGCUGCUCUCCGUUAGUGAUGUAGCUGGUCACAUGUCUAUAAUUGCUGAGGAAGCCAUGGGAGGAAGCUCAGGGGCGUUCUAUGGGUUGUUCCUGCUAGCAGCUCAACAAGCAUUAGGAGAUGAACCUGGAUUUGGUGAUUGGGUAGAAGCCCUCAGGCAAGGCAUGGACCGAAUUAUGAAGUAUGGCAAAGCAGAGGUUGGGGACAGAACCAUGCUGGAUCCGCUUGACGCAGCAUACAGGAUACUGAAGGAAGGCCACACUAACAACUCGGACUCUAUGAAGACCUUGGAAGAUGCAGUCAAUGCUGCUGAGCAAAGUGCUGAAGCUACAUCUAUGAUGGCCGCCAGAGCUGGCAGAGCAAGAUACGUCAACCCAGACCAGUUAGGACGACCUGAUCCUGGGGCAAUGGCUGUUGCUAUUUGGCUCCGAGCAGCACAUAAUGCAUUGAGAGCUUUGUGAUUAAGCUCCUUCUGUGAUGUGGGUUUUUCAAUAAAAGAGUCAGAAAGCAGAUGGUAAAAUGCUUUAUUCCUUGCUCUAAAGAUUCAAGGAUGCCAGCUUUUUGCAUGAAUUUAGACCUUUUAGGGCAUGAUGAACGUUACAAGAUGUCAUAAUUAGUAAGACAAUCACCUUUUGUUGGAAAAUUAUUAGAUCUGACAUUUUGUGAAAAAUUAUCAAAAACAACAAAAUGUGGUAUAUUUUUCGAAAAAUGUGUAUGGCAAAUUCUACCGCCAUACAGCAGGAUUUUCACUGAAUAAGAACUGAAUAAACAUUCUAUUUUUCAAAAAGUAUUUUGUAAUGUCUACAACCAUUUUAAGACCCUCUUCUCAUUUUUAUUGAACUGUAGUUGAAAUUUGACCAUGUUCUUUUUCACAGGAAGCAGACGAUGUAUAUAAGUUAGAUCAAGAUAUAUUUUUUUAAAUGAAUGUACCUACAUGUCAAUGUUUUAUUUCAUGUGCAGAGAAAUGUUAACCUUAUAAAUUCUUUAACAAUGAAACGAGGACGUUCAUCUUAGAAGGGGCAGCCUCAAAAUUUCGGCCGGUGAGGGCGUAAAUCUGUCUCAUCAAUCGGGAUAUUCGUGUGAGGAUAUGAUUCUGAGAUGCUUAAGAAAAUCAAUUGAUAAUCCAGCUUAAUCGGCAAUUAGAAUAUGAUUCAUGUUUUCUGAGUAUGAUAAACGGUUCGACGAUUAAUAAAUUGUAUAACAUCCACAAUUGGAGU